AUGCUCUUACUGCGCCAAUUCGUAUGUCUUUGUUUGGGACAAGUCUGGAUGAACAACAAAGAGGCCAAGUCCGCAGCAAUUGCUGAAAACGGACAUGAAAAGUUGUGUGCGCUAUUGACGGAUAGCGUGCCUGAAGUGCGUGCUUCGGCUAUGUAUGCCUUGGGCACAUUCUUGGGCGAUUCGAACAAGACUGAACAAAUUGUCAAUAUUGAACACAACAUUGCCAUCUCAGCACUGGUAGCCAUGUCGGAUGCUUCACCUAUUGUACGUCGUGAAUUUGUUGUGGCGUUAUCUCAUUUGGUCCACCAAGCCGGUCCGGCCAAGUUUUUGAUGGCUGCGAAUCAGACAAUUGAAGAGGAUCAGUCGUCACAGCGCAUGGAUGAGCGAGGAAAGCGGACACGAUCUACAGGUGGAGGCGAGUGGCGAUCGCCACCUAAUACAGCAGUUACAGCAGCAACGUCAGGAUCGAUGGACAACAACCAUUUCGUCUCGACAAGCUACGAUUCGGUUUACGCGGUUCUGUGGAAAGCAUUACUGAGUUUGUCUGUCGAUCCACAUCCAGAAGUCGCCAAGGCUGGAUCGACUGUAGUAGAUCAUAUCAACGCAAUGCUUCUCAGCACACCUUCAGUAAGCGAAUAUGCAUCAUCCAUUAUCCGGGAAGUUUCAAACCAACAACUUGAUCGACAAGGCAAUGGUGUGGAUCGAUCACGGUCGUUCCAAGCCCACGACGAUCGAUUCACGACAACAACAUCUACAGUAGGCAGCAGCAGCAGUGGCAGUAGUACUCCUAGUGGGAUUCCGCCAGGUGUUAGUGGCAGUGCAGCUGUUGCUGCGCAACAGCUAAGACGACCUGCGAAACUCACACGCUCUGUUCCAUUUGCAUCUACCUUACGCACAAUAUACAACUUUGGAAAUGCGUCCUUGAGCUCAGGGACAGUGAAUGAGCCACAUCAUCAGCAACAACAAGCAUCAUCUUCAUCACAACAACAGCAUACCCGCCCUGUUUCACACCAACCGUCUCUCAAUAACCGCAACGCCAUCACACAACAUAAUACAUCAUCGGGAUCUCUUCCGCGCAAUUCACUAUCCAAAAUCAGCAGCAGUAACACUUUACCUCUUAUCUCUGAUUUCUAUGAUUGGAGCUGCGAAUACUUCACUGAACCACAGAUGCGUGCUACCGAAGCUGAGAACCUGGAAGUUCGUUGGGACGAACAGAUUGUAUCGAUACACAAUGAAACGGAAGCAACAAGGUUACUCUUCCAUCAAUACGAACCUCAUCUAGUAGCAGCUGAUGCAUACAAUUACCUUGUGGUCUGGGAUUGGAAAACAUCUACGCCACUCAGCGUCAUCGAUAACCGUAACCCAUCGCAUAGUCAAAUUACGGAUAUGAAGUUCAUUAAUGAAGAUGAUGUGGCUAUCCUGCUUACUGCAUCAGAUGAUGGUGCCAUCCGAUUAUGGAAAAAUUAUGAUGGCGCUGAUCAGGAGGACGCCCAGCUUGUCAGUUCAUGGCGGGCACUCAAGGACAUGGAAAAGAGUAAUAUGCGCCAAAGCGGGCUAGUAUGCGACUGGCAUCAGGAACGUGGUCUCCUAUUUACUGGCGGUGAUGCACGCGUGAUUAAAGUAUGGGAUGCACAUCAAGAGAUAUCGGUCAUGGAUAUCGCGACACAGUCUACAGGCUGUGUGACGAGCAUAACAAGCGAUCAGACGCGUGGAGACAUUAUUGUUGCAGGAUUCGGAGAUGGCCUUGUUGGUGUGUACGAUCGUCGCAUGAGGCCCACAUCUGCAAUGGUACAACGAUGGGAUGAACACAAAGCAUGGAUCACUGGUGUACAUCUUCAACGCGAUGGUAAUCGAGAAUUGGUUUCGGGAGGUUUCGGUGGCGACAUCAAGAUUUGGGAUAUCCGGGAAACAUCGUCGCUUCGAACAAUCGAGGCACAUACGCAUGCAGAUAUGACUGCGUUGGCUGUCCACGACCAUAGCCCGGUCGUUGCGAGUGCUGGAGAUGACCAUAUCAUCAAGGUAUGGAACGUAAAUGGCAAUCGGUUAUCUACGAUCCGGCCCUCGUCUGGCUUUUUGGGGCAGCGAAACGCGUUCACUAGGGCACUUACUUUUCAUCCUAAUUUGAUGGUCAUGGGGGCAAGCGGUGACGAUGGUUCAAUUACAGUUACCAUGAUCCUCACAACGCCUCACAAUGUUAUCCGCGAUUCUGCCAAUGUGCUCAUGGACGAGGCACGUGUGCUGAACGAUUGCGCACAACGACUCUUUUGCAACGACACGGCUCGCCAAGGCUACCAAAAAGCGAUCGACUUGAUGCUCGCCUGUCUCGAAUGCGGCGGCAAAAUUGUCGUGACAGGUGUCGGCAAAUCCGGCAAGAUUAGCGAAAAGAUUGUUGCGACCAUGCUGUCGACCGGUACUGCAGCCACGUUUUUACACCCUGUCGAGGCCAUGCACGGCGAUCUCGGCGCUGUCAACGAAAAGGACGUUGUGUUAGCUCUAUCGUAUUCUGGCAAUACCGAGGAAUUGAUGCGCAUUGUUCCCAGUUUGAACCAUCGUGGCGUGCCUAUCAUUGGUCUGGGUGGUAACGCCAAGUCGCAACUCGCCAAAAUCUCGGCAGCUUGGAUCGAUGGUUAUGUUCAUCGCGAAGCGUCGGAAAUACCAGCGCCAACGAGCUCGACCACCCUCGCUUUGGCUUUGGGCGAUGCGAUUGCGUUGACUUUGGCCAAACAACGCAAGUUUACGACACAUGGGUUUGCGUUGAAUCAUCCCGGUGGAUCGUUGGGUCGUCGAUUGUUGCUCAAGGUCAAGGAAUGUAUGGUUCCCGCACAAAAGGUCGCGACUGUGCCAGCCAACGCAUCGUUGGACGUCGUGAUUAUGGAAAUGACCAGACAUCCCAAGGGAGGAGGUGUGGUCGUGUUGCGCAAUAUCCCAGGCUCUUUGGCUGGUAAUAACACUAUUAACGAAGAUAUCGAACAAGAAUUAUCGCCACCGUCAUCGGUUGCUUCGGAUGAUGCCACAACGAUUGCCUCGACUAGCGAGGAAGACGAGGAAGGAAACAGUGCCAUCCCGCCAACAGAGACUGGCCAAGUGAUUGGUGUGAUUACCCACAGCAACAUCCAUCGGAUCCUCAAAACCGCAGCAAGAGAAUCUGUGUUUGACAUCCGUGCGUGCGACAUCAUGACGCCUGAGCCUGUUAUUUGCUCGGCAGAUGAGUUGGCUACGGAGGCAUUACGCAUCAUGGUCGACAAGAAACCGCAAGGAAAGGAGUUGCCAUUGCUGCCGGUCAUUGAUGGCAAAGAUAAACGCGGUGCUUAUAGAGGUGUUGUCACCCUCAAAGAUUUGCAAGAAUUGUUUUAA